CUCGGGAUUUUUCCGAGGUUUGGCAUUGCUCAGAGGACAUCUGGAUGUGUAUGGACAUGGCCAUCACCUUGGCAGAGGACUCUUGGGCAAAGGAAUAUACAGUAAUAUUCAGCGAGGAGGGCUUAAGCAGGAGGUGAGCCGAGCUGAUGGAGGAGCCGGGGAUGCUUCUGCAAUGAAACUGCCAGCACAGCCAGUCUAUGAUCUCAGCAGUUUUAUAGCUCGAGGUCGAGCGAUCACGCCUGCACCACAGCCCUUCAUUCCCGAGGACCUUGCAGCUCAGUUGAAGGGUUUGGAAUUAGGAAGAGGGUCAUUUGCAAGGAGUCGCACUACUCCCAUCACCCCCUCGCCUUUGCCUGGUGAGAGACAACCGGUUCCCCUGCAACAUACAUCUCCCGACCCCCACGUUCUUCAAAAAGAAAUUCAGAAAGACACUGCUGUGAAACGGGGAUCGUCAGGGACGCCUGUGCCCCUGGCCCUGAACCUUAUAAAAAUACACUGUAGAAACGAGGCUGUCUAUCAGUACCAUGUUACCUUCAGUCCCAAUGUAGAAUGCAUGAACAUACGCUUUGGGAUGCUGAAGGAACAUCGAUCGGUGACUGGAGAAGUCACUGCCUUCGAUGGAAGCAUCCUCUACCUGCCCAUCAAACUUCCGGAGGUGGUGCAACUUAAGUCACAAAGAAAAACCGAUGGGUCCGAGGUGGACCUGAAAAUUCAAAUGACGAAGAUCUUGGAACCAAAUUCCAAUCUCUGCAUCCCCUUUUACAACAUUGUCUUCAGGAGAGUGAUGAGGAUUUUGGAAUUGAAAUUAGUCGGGCGCAAUUUCUACGAUCCCACAAACGCCAUCGUUCUGCCUCAGUACCGGUUGCAGUUAUGGCCUGGGUUCUCUGCAAGCAUUCGCAGGACAGACGGUGGAUUGAUGUUACUGGCGGACGUGUCCCACAAAGUCCUCCGCAACGACUCUGUUCUGGAAGUCAUGCAGGUGAUAUACCAGAGGAGCAGUGAGAGCUUCCAAGACGACUGCACCAAGCAAUUGGUGGGCAGCGUCAUCAUGACCAAGUACAACAACCGCACCUAUCGCAUUGACGACAUUGACUGGGACAAGUCGCCUUUGAGCUCCUUCCAGUUGACCGACGGCAGCAACAUUACCUUUUGUGACUAUUACAGUAAAACCUACGGGAUUGCCAUUCGGGAACUGCAACAACCCCUGCUCGUCCAUCGACCAAAGCAGAAACAUGGACCCAAAGGACAGAUUGUCCUCAGUGAGAUCCUGUUGGUCCCAGAGCUCUCUUUCAUGACUGGGAUCCCAGAGCAGAUGAGGAAAGAUUUCCGUGCCAUGAAGGACAUGGCCCUGCAGAUAAACCUGAGUCCAGAGCAGCACCACGUAGCUUUGCAGAAACUCAUCAAUAAGCUGAACAAAACCACAGCUGCCCAGGAUGAGCUGGCUCGCUGGGGACUCGUCAUAGACAACAGAAUCUGUCAGAAGGAGGGAAGAGUCCUACCUUCCGAGAAGAUCAACUUGCGGAACGUGACUUUUCCGACCACCCGUGAGGUAAACUGGACGAAGGACAUUGCACGGGAGAAUGCCAUCUCAACGAUUCCGAUGCAACAUUGGGCGCUAUUCUACACUAAGCGCAGUGCAUCGCAGGCCCAGGAACUGGUCAGUAUGAUGUCCAAAGUGGCCGGACCCAUCGGGAUGAAGUUCCACCAGCCGGCCUACGUGGAACUGAAAGACGAUCGGACCCAGACCUACGUGAGAACCAUUCAGUCACACCUGGAGAGCAACGGCACUGUUAAGAUGAUCAUGUGUAUAAUCGCUGGGAACCGCGAUGAGCUGUACCAUGCUAUUAAGAAGCUAUGCUGUGUGCAGUUUCCAGUCCCCUCACAGGUCAUCAAUGUGAAGACCAUCUCUCAGAACAUGAGGAUGAGAGCUAUUUGCCAAAAGAUCCUACUGCAAAUCAACUGUAAGCUCGGAGGAGAGCUGUGGGGUGUGGACAUACCAUUGAAACAGCUGAUGGUGAUAGGAAUGGAUGUGUACCACGACCCGAGAAGGGGAAUGCAAUCUGUCGUCGGAUUUGUUGCCAGCCUCAAUAACACAAUGACAAAAUGGUACUCCAGGGUGACAUUUCAGAUGCCGAACCAGGAAAUCAUCGAUGGCUUGAAGAUGUGUAUGGUGGCAUCACUCAAGAAAUAUUAUGAGGUAAACCACUGUCUCCCGGAUAAAAUUGCCAUUUACCGGGAUGGCGUGUCCGAUGGCCAGCUGAGCACGGUGUCCGACUUCGAGGUGCCUCAGCUCCUCAAGUGCUUUGAGGUGUUCAACGAUUACCAGCCCAAGAUGCUGGUCAUUGUGGUAUCCAAGAGGAUCAGCACCAACUUGUACAGCGUGGGGCCUUCGGGCAAAUUUGAGGUCCCACCGCCAGGGAGCGUGAUCGAUCACACCGCCACCAACCCAGACGGGACUGAUUUCUUUCUCUUGGCCCACACCGUCCGUCAGGGCUGUGGGAUUCCAACCCGGUACAUCUGUGUGCUCAACACCCUGAAACUCAGCCCCGACCACAUGCAGAGGCUAACCUUCAAGCUGUGUCAUAUAUACUGGAAUUGGUCAGGCACCAUCCGCGUGCCAGCGCCCUGCAAGUACGCUCACAAGGUGGCCUUCCUGUGUGGUCAGUCCCUGCACCAGGAACCAGCGGUCAAGCUUUCCGAAUUCCUGUUUUACUUAUAAAACGAAACCCUCAAGCCCGAAUCAGCCCAGGAGGUCAAAUGUGCUUCAUAAACACAAACCGCUAAUCACGCCGUUCGGAAACCGGAAAGUGACACUGAAAUUCAUUCCCCCCCAACCUGUUCACGGACAGACUUUUUUAUUUUAUCAGUCUUCGAACCCCGCCCCCACCCAAAAAUCU